AAGAUGGCGGCGAGUAAGUUUACUCAAGAUGACAUUGAUGCAGCACUGGUGAAGUUUAAUGAAAGGACUGGUCGCAAAAUUGUAAAACUUAAGCCAAAACAAUACAGUGCUCUUCUGGAUGUUUUAAAUGGACAUGAUGUAAUUGCAGCAUUACCAACGGGCUACGGAAAAAGCCUCAUCUAUGAAUUGAUUCCAUAUGUAUUGCCUGACGCUAAGGUUAUAGUUGUGGAACCCCUGAAUGUGAUUAUCAAUCAACAAAUUUCCAAAUUAGAUGGUAUGGCUGUAGUUCUUAAAGACUUGAAUAUAAGCAAAACCAUUGAGGAUGGACAAUUUUCAUAUAGCUAUGUUUACAGCCACCCUGAGAACAUACUGGGAAAACCACUAGUCAAUAAAUUCUUUCAGUGCAAAUAUUUUGAAGAAAACAGAGUUGUUAUUGUAAUUGAUGAAGCUCAUUGUAUUUUGGAGUGGGGAGAUGAGUUUCGUCCCGAGUACAGCAAGUUAGUGGAACUCUGGGCUGUACUUCCUCAUGCAAAUAUGCUUUGUCUCUCUGCAACACUUUCUGUAAAAGGUCAGGCUGAUAUUCAAAGAUCUCUAUCAUUAAAAGAUUUUAGAAUCCAUGGUGAGAUACCAGUUAAGUCUAACAUUUCACUAAGUGUUUUAAGAAGACCUUCUAAUUCUAAGGAUGUAAGGAUGUCCUACAGACACAUUUUAGAUGUUUUAUUCAAUGAACUGAAAAACAAAUUGAGUAAUACUCCACUAACUAUAGUAUACUUUAAUUCAUCACUGAACUAUAUUGGAUUUGCUUAUGAGCAUGCUUGCAGAGUAUUAGGGGACUUGUUGUACAAUGGGGAAAAGAGGCCAGAAAAUGCCAGAAUUGUCAUGUACCAUGCAUCUGUGGAGUAUGGGAGUGAAGAGCUACGGGAGUUGAUAUUUCAUCAAAUUUCCUCUGAAAAAAGUCCCUUGAGGAUCAUAUUGGCUUCUUCUGCCCUUGGUAUGGGGGCAGAUUUUGGUCUUGUUGAAAGAAUAGUGCAUGCAGGUCCACCUAAAAGCACUGAGGCUUACAUUCAGCAAGUGGGACGUGCAGGCAGAACUGGAAAACAAGCAACUGCAAUUUUAUUCUUUAACAACAGUGAUGUAGGCAGGCCUGAGAUGAGCAAAACAAUGAAGGCCUUCUGUAAAAAUGAAUCAACCUGUCGGAGAAAAAUGCUGAAUGACUACUUUGGAUGCUCUGUUGACAACAAAGAGAGUGAAAACAAGCAACCAUUGUGCUGUAACAUUUGUGAUCCUAGCUUAUCAGAAUGGAAUUCUUCUCCACAUCUAAAGCAAGAAGUGAAAUCUGCCAUUCAACAAUCAUUGUCAGAGUACAUUUCACAUAAUGAGUUACAGAUGUCUUUUUAUGAAAUAGAGUCUGUUAUUCACAAUUAUUCUAGAUAUAUGGAGAAAGAGAACUUAAUUCAGGAUUUUCGAAUGAAUCUUGAACAUGCUGAAAAUUUAUGUACAAUUAUAAAAUUUAUUGUGUCAAUGUAAUGCCUUUCAACUGCUGUUUGCUUCAUGGUACAUAAUGUAUAUUCCACCAGUGUAUUGUCCUGAACAUGCUAAAAAUGAAAACAGUUAGUAGCCCAUAGAGCUGAUAUUUUUGUGUUCAUCUGUGUAAGUGUUCACCUGUUAAUUAAUUAAAACUCCCAUUUAUAUGCAAUAGUUAUGGGGAGAAAGUAUGGAAAGAAUUCAUAGUCAUCCACUUUGGCUUUUUUCAAAUGAUCAAUAACCUGUACAUUUAAUGAUUAAUAAACAUGAUAAGUUUUUUGAGUGAUGCCCAAGUGUAAGGGACACAAUUAUAUUAAUAUAUGUAUGUACUUUAUAAGUUAAAAUUCUUUACAACAGACAGACAGACAUAGGACAAUUGGAAAAGCUAUUUUGAAUUUAAGCCUCAAGUAAACUUAAACCUGGUCAACAUAACUUACAAGUGUUAUGAAGUGAUUAAAAUGGUCGCAUGACAGGUUUAGAUAAUCACUAGGUGACACAAAAGAGUUUAAUAGAAAUGCAUUGAUAAUCUUUUUUACCAUGUGUUUACAUUUCCACUGUCACAUGA